AGUCAUCCUGAUCUCUUGCAUUACAAAAGAAUGAAGGCCUUCAUCGCUCUGCUGGCUGCUGUCUCCGCCGCUUCGGCGCACUACACCUUCCCAGACUUCAUCCAAAAUGGAGCCGUUAGCACCGAUUGGCAAUAUGUCCGAGAGACCGCGAAUCAUUAUUCCAAUGGCCCGGUUACUGACGUCAACGACCCCGAGUUCCGUUGCUAUGAGCUGGAUCUGCAGAACACCGCUGGACAGACUGGCGUUGCCACUGUCUCGGCUGGUGACACAGUCGGUUUCAAAGGAUACAGUAAACUUAAGCCAAUGCAGAAUGGCGCCAUUUAUCACCCAGGAUACCUUGACGUGUAUAUGACGAAAGCGGACCCCGCCGCCGACUCACCGGAGGCUGGAACGGGUCAAAGCUGGUUCAAGGUUUGGGAGGACGCUCCGACUUACGCUAACGGGCAACUUACCUUCCCAUCUACAAGUAUAACUGAUUUCACGUUCACGAUCCCCAAAAGCCUUCCCAACGGUCAAUACCUUAUUCGAGGAGAACAGAUUGCUCUUCAUGUUGCAUCUACUUACGGCGGUGCCCAGUUCUAUAUAGGCUGCGCUCAGGUGGAAGUCACCAACGGUGGUAGCGGCACUCCCGGUCCUCUUGUCGCUAUCCCCGGCGUUUACACCGGCUAUGAACCCGGCAUUCUUAUCAACAUAUACAACGUCCCGUCGAACUUCACUGGUUACCAAGCCCCCGGUCCCGCCGUCUGGCAAGGAUAAAGCGUAUUUAGCCGCCUUGUUAGAUUCACUAUACUGCUGUAUUGCGCUAGUCGGUUUUCGAACGUGCUAGGGAGUUUGACUGUAUUCGAUGUCAAUGUGGUUCCAACAACUCCAUGAAAUGACCAUCCGCACAAUUGAGUACGUGUUCCGUAGCCGAGCAGAGCAAGCUCCACAUCAGUUUUAAAGCCCGC